UGCUUCCUGCACAGUUUGAAUACAUUGAUUGGAGAUAUCAUGUCCUUCCCAGAAAUGAAGAAGAUUGUCACUCAAACCACUCAUGUUGUCACCUUUUUCAAUUCAUCACACUAUUGGGGUGGACAGCUCAAUGACGAAGCUAAGAAACACAACAUCAAUCGGAAAAUGAAGCAAAACUGCGAGUCACGUUUUUAUGCAUUGAUUCUCCAAUGUUUAAGUGUGCUAGAGUAUCGUUCUCCACUCACUCUUAUCUGCAUGCAUCCUGAUGCCAAGAAGAAGACCAAUGGCCUAGCUCCCAUCACAUCUGAGGUUAUAAACACAAUCUUAAACGAUCUCCCCUACUGGAGACUUCUUGAACAGAUUGUGACGACGGUCAAGUUUAUUGUUGAUGCAGUUGGCAACCUCAAGUCGCGCCAAGCCUCGCUGGCUGACUGCAUGCUAGAACUUCUUCGCUGCGCCAAACAGAUGUCCCAGUUGGCUUGCGAACAGGAUUAUCAUGUUGGCUUUUGGCUGCAUGCGAGAUCUGUCUUCAACUGCCGCUUUCACACCAUGAAUACAGAAGUUCACUCGCUCGCUCUAUUUCUCCACCCAAUGUGUCGGAAACUCGCUGUCACACAGGUAGCCAAUGGCAGGUCCCUUGCAUUCAUGGUUAAGAUCGCACUUGGCAUUGCAAAACGUUGGAAAUGGGACAUAAUGAUGGCUAAAAAACUCUCUGAUGAUCUGCAGGCCUACAAUCAGUCAGUAGCUCCAUUUGCUGGUGGCCACGCAGACGGCCUUUCUUGGUGGCAAAACCUUCCAAUCAACUCCGAGAUCCACCCUCUCAAGGCCUUUGCUGUCACGAUUCUCUCAAUUGUAGGGCAUGCAGGUGAAGUAGAACGCACAUUUUCUGAUCUUGGCAUAACACAAUCUGCACGACGGUGUAAUCUUUCAGUUGAAACAUUUGAGACACUCGGAAAAAUUUGUGCGAACCUUCGACACCACAGCACCAUAAAAGCCGCAGAGGCUGGGAAGUCCACUCGCUGUCGACAUGCUCACAUGCACACUCGUGAAGAGGUUGGCAUUGCUGUUGAGACUGCACAGGAUCUUGAAGCAUCCUUUGCAUGGGCACCUCCGCUCUCGGCCGAACCUCGUGACGCAGAUGACCUGCUUGCUGGUCCAGAGAGUAUCUCGCCUGACAACGUUGCUGCUGAAUUUGCGGCUCUCGAAGAACUGAAGCGGACAGAAGAAGUUCAUGACAUUGACGAAGUUGAAGUGCUGGAGGGUAAUGUUUUUGAUUUCGACGAGUUAGAUCGUGUCGAGCAAGGGAUAAUACCACAGGCUAUUCUGGAUGAGGUUGAGGUGGUCAAUUACAACGGCGAGGAUGAUGGAUGGGACGAGGAAACUUUAAUGUCUUCAUUAGGAAUGUCG